UCGGGCAACGGUUUGAAGGGGAUCCGGGCGGGGUAGAAGGCGUGGCCAUUCGAGAACUGGUUCUAGUCAUUUGUGAGGUGGACGACCGGUGGCUCGAUGCGGCCGCUGUUGGUAAGGAUUACGUUGGAGAGGCUGGCGGCGCUAUCGAGUCAAUUUUGAUCUUCUUCAGUUGCUAUUUUUUCAUUUUCUUCUUAAAUUAG